AGCUCCUUGUUGAAUAAACCAACAGCCGUUGAUUCAAAGAUCACAUGCAGCCAUCAGCGCUUCACCAGCAUGCAAUAAUCUAAACACAGGAUAUGAAGCCCCAGCUAAUCCAAAGUCAUAACCAUGAUGGUAAUCUUGUGUAAACUGCAGAGCUGAAACGUGUGUCAGAACCCCUGAGGGUCGAUGAAGCCUCCGGCAGGUUAAUGAUUACUGGAGCUUUGCUUAUUUGCCGAUCAGCCUGGAGCCACACAUCAGACUGACGGGGAGCUGCUGGAAGGGAAGCCAUGUCUGGGCAGCGUGUGUGUGUCUCAGAUUUUGAGGAAGAAGCCAAAAGGGUUCUUCCUAAAGCAGUAUAUGACUACUACCGCUCAGGAGCUGAUGGGCAGACCACGCUGGCCGACAAUGUCUCUGCCUUUAACAGGUGGUAUCUUAUGCCCCGUGUGCUGAGGGAUGUGUCCAUUGUGGAUCUGUCUGUCUCUGUGCUGGGCCAGAAGCUUAGCAUGCCCCUCUGUGUUGGAUCAACAGCCAUGCAGAGAAUGGCUCAUCCUGCAGGAGAGACCGCUACAGCUAGAGCAUGCAAAGCAGUAGGAACAGCAAUGAUGCUGAGUUCCUGGGCUACCUCCAGCAUAGAGGAAGUGAUGUCAGCAAUGACAUCCUCACCAGACACCGGGGGUGUCCUCUGGAUGCAGCUUUACAUCUACAAAGACCGAGAGCUCACUCUGUCAUUGCUGCGCCGGGCAGAGAAGGCCGGAUACAAGGCUGUCUUUGUUACCGUGGAUACGCCUUACCUGGGAAAGAGAUUGGAUGAUGUGCGCAACCGUUUUAAAAUGCCCCCACAUUUAAGAAUGUCAAACUUCUCCUCAGCCUUGCUGUCCUUCUCUGAGGACGACUAUGGCAAUGACAGCGGUUUGGCUGUUUAUGUUGCUAAUGCAAUAGAACCGGCUCUUAGCUGGGACGACAUCACCUGGCUGAAGAAGCACACACGCCUACCUGUGAUCAUAAAAGGCGUUUUGAAUGGUCAGGAUGCUGUCCAGGCUGUGAACUAUGGGGUCAGUGGCAUACUGGUGUCCAAUCAUGGAGCUCGACAACUUGAUGGUGUUCCUGCAACGCUGGAUGUGUUGGAGGAGGUGGUGAAGGCCGUACAGGGUCGUUGUGAUGUCUUCAUGGAUGGAGGAGUGAGGCGAGGGACGGACAUCCUCAAGGCUUUAGCUCUGGGAGCAAAGGCUGUCUUCAUCGGUCGCCCUGUACUGUGGGGACUUGCCUGUCAGGGAGAAGAAGGAGUCAUUGAGCUUCUGGAACUUCUAAAGGAGGAGCUCCGACUAGCUUUGGCUUUGUCAGGUUGUCGAUCUAUAUCCGAGGUGAGCAGGUCCUUGGUGAGGAGAGUGAACUUCACUUCCAGGAUGUGAGAGAAGAAGCUGCUGCUGGAAUCCCAUAAUAAUCCACACUUGAUGGAUCACCCAGCAUGUCUCGUACCUAAUUGGUUCAUUAUUCAUGUGUCUGGAGUUGUUUGGCAACAUAUACAUAUGCAAACAAAUCAUCAAAUCAAAUGUGACUGACUAAGGUGUGCACAUAUUGGGACUAAUAGGUCUGGUAAUAUGAAAAAUAUUAGGAAUUAAUGCUAACAACAGGAAAAUGUUGAACUGUUGUUUUGGUUCCUUUCGCUACCGUUGGGUCAGAGCUGUGAUUGUUUGUAACUUGUCCAUCAUCACCUGUGAAGUAAAUCAGAGCACUGAUAAAAGGGUUGUUUUUACUGAUGGUCAUACUAUACAAUAAACAUCUUAACACUA